AUGGGCCGAGCAGCAGCAGCAGCAGCAGCAGACGCCACCCCCGACGACGGAGCGGCGUUUCGUCAUGGAGGAGGACGACGUGGAGAGCCACCAAGUCUUUUGCCCCCUCUGCCUCCCCACGCAGGCUCGGGGAUCGGACCGCGGAGUGCGGGGUGGGGGAGCCCUUGGGGGCCCCCCUCCUCCGGGGUGGGGGGGGCCCCCUGGGGGAACGGCGGCAGUCCGUGGAGCAGGCGAACUCCGAUACACCCCAGCGAUCCAAGAGCUUCUCAGGGGGGGGAAGCGGGGGGGAAGUGGUGGCGAGCGGCCUCUCCACCUCCCGAAUUCUUCGCAGAUCGCUUGAAGAUACGAAGGGACAUGGAGAGGGCGCAACAGGAGAAAUUGCUGCGCAAGGAGCAGAAAAAAGCUUUCCGUCGCAUGCAGGUGGCACAGGUCAAUAGGCGGGACCAGCCGCCCUUCUUGUUGAGAGUGUUUUGCCGCUUGGAUUCUCAGCAUGCGCUGGAGGAGUUCAGAGUUCGGGGGCAGGAGCCUGUGCAAGACGAAUUGCAGGUGUACGCGUGGAUGGAUACGCGGCUUCGGGAGAUUUGUCAUUUGAUUAAGGAUGUUUGCGCAGAAGCUCGCGAUAGAAAGGCCGUGUGGCAUUUCAGACUUUGUUAUCCAGACAAGGAGGGACAGAAUGUCUUCGCCGAUGUGGGCAUGCUGCACUCUAUUAUUCCAGACCCUAAGGAAGACUCGCGCACCCUUGCUGACGUAAAGUUUCAGGUAGGGGAUUUCUUGCUGCUUUCCAUCAUGCGGAAGCGGCAGCAAAGCAACAAGCGGCUGGCACCGCAUCCAGAUCCGAAACUGAAGAUGCAGGAGGGGUGGGAAUAUCAACCGAGGCCUACUAUCCUACACCAGCUCAGCUACACCCCUGUUGCUGCUGAUGGGAGCGCAAGUAAGAGCACAAGUAGCGUUGCGGCUGCCCCCGCUCAUGCGGCACUGCCUGGCGACACAGUCGCUGCAGACUCGGAGGAAGAACCAGGAGAGGCGGAGAUGCAGAGAAGGGAAGGCACUUCAAUGAGCGUCGAUGGAGUGCAUGCUCUUCCUUCAGCUGUAGCCACUGCUGCUGCUGCGGCUGCUGUGGAGAGCAGCAGCAAGACGGCGGCACUGCCAGAAGGAGAGGAGGAGGCAGCAGCGGCUGCGGAUGACGCCAAUAAGGAGCAGCUCGAAUUGGCGGGCGAAGGGGACUUGGGUGUACAGACACUGCAGCAAGAGCAGCAGCAAGAGAAACAGCAGCAGCAGCAGCAGCAGCAGCAGCAGGAGGCCGAGGAGGAGGAGGCAGAACCAGCAUCCAAGUCGAGCCGGAAAGGCAGCAGCAAGAAGAGCAAGACAGCAAGUGCUGCUGACAGCAGCAGCAGCAGCAAAAAGACGGCGGAUGGAAAGGGAGAGGAGGCCUCCGUCAAGAGGCGCUCUGCCCGACUUGCGAAAGAGAAAAAGUAG